CUCCCUUUGAUUACAACUUACAAGGCCCUCAAUUCAAAUAACCAACAUUUAUUGAAACCAUGGAUAAUCUACUGGAUCGUUUACUCAUUACUCAUUACACUGGAACAUUACUUGUAUUUCGUGUUGAAAUACAUCCCAUUCUAUUCAUUUGGCAAGAUUUAUCUAUCAGUUUGGUUAAUAUUACCACAAACUCAAGGUUCGUUAUUCAUUUAUGAUCAUUAUUUGAACCCAUUCUUAUCCAGU